UAAUUAUGAAUUACCAUUUUUACCCCGCGAGAAACCAAAACAGACAUGGCAUGCUCUGAUCUGAUCUGAGUGCGGAAGCCGCCAUUGACGUCGACGACUCAGCGAAGCUAAACCGAGAGUGGAGCUGCGUCGACAGGGAAACGCAUAGCAUCAGCACCAAUAUUCCUGCUCUGCGGAAGAAAAUAAAAAAGAAAAAAAAGAUGAGGUGCUCUUCGGAGACCAUCAACAUCGCUGCGAGUACGCAGAAGCUUGAUGUCGAUAAUCGAAUUGCUCUCCGCUUCUACUACAGGAUCGCGGACAAUAUCCUCAAACAGGCUGAUAUCUUUCGUGCAGAGAAGAAUAUUGUUGAUCUAUAUAUCAUGCUCCUAAGAUUUUCUAGUUUGGUCUCUGAGACAAUACCUCGUCACCGAGAUUAUAGAUCAUCUCCACAAGGGAAGAAAGAAGCUUUGAGAAAGAAAUUGUUAAAUUCUGUGAAUGAGCUGGAGCAAUUGAAACCAAAGGUGCAGCAGAAGAUCAAUGAGUUCAACAGCAGGCAAGCAUAUCUCCACAAUGGGCGGGAAAAAUGUCAUUCAAAUAAUUUAAUGGAUUUUCCUCCAAUGAAAAAGCAAAAUUUGGCUAGUUAUAAUCAAAUAAAGGCAGUCAUACCAACCACUAGAGAGUUUUUUUACCAUGGAUCAAGGGGCCAGCAGUUUUCUAGUGUGAGGCCUGUGGAAGAUAAUAUGAGGAGACUAUCUCUAAGUCUCCCACGUCCAAAGGAGGAAACUCUCUCCAAGCAUUCUAUUCUAGGUCCCAAUGGGCUGAAAGGGCAGUGGCGACCACCUGCAAGUGAUAAAGGGGUCAGGUAUCCAACCAUCAUAGAUCUGUCUCCAGUUGAAAUUCCAAGCCUUCAACAACCCUUGGAAGAUGGAUCUCUGAAUAAAAAAGAUAAUAACAUCUCAGAACAACAUAGAUCAGAUUUAGAAUCAAUUCUUACCCAGAAUGACGACUGCCAGGCAAAGCAUGCUGAUGAAGCUCCUUCUCUGAUCUCUUUUGAAGCAACAGAAAUCCCUGCUCAAAUUGAAGUUACCAGACAGCCUUCUCCUCCACCUGUACUUGCGGAAGUACAAGAUUUGGUUCCGGCUGUGUCACCUUUUGUUAAUGAGGGAGGAUGUAAGACAGAGAUUCCGUCAGCAGAAAGUGUUGUUCGUGCUGAGUCUCCUCUGCAACUACACAUUUCAACUUCUAUGAUGGAGAGUUUUAUGAAGCUUGCCAAGUCAAACACUGACAAAAAUUUAGAGACUUGUGGUAUCCUUGCAGGUUUGCUUAAAAACAGAAAAUUUUAUAUUACUGCUCUAAUAAUCCCAAAGCAGGAGGCAACAUCCAGUUCUUGUCAAGCUACAAAUGAAGAGGAGAUAUUUGAAGUGCAAGAUAAGCAAUCUCUUUUCCCCCUUGGGUGGAUCCACACACAUCCUACACAAUCUUGUUUCAUGUCAUCAAUUGAUCUACACACUCAUUACUCAUAUCAGAUUAUGCUGCCAGAAGCUGUUGCAAUAGUUAUGGCACCAACAGACAGUUCAAGAAACCAUGGCAUUUUUCGGUUGACAACCCCUGGUGGAAUGUCGGUCAUUAGACAAUGCCAGCAACGUGGCUUUCAUCCACAUAAUCAACCUCCAGAUGGUGGUCCCAUUUACGAUACAUGUACAGAUGUUUACAUGAACCCAAAUUUAAAAUUUGAUGUCAUUGAUCUUCGAUGAUGAGAGUUUGUUGUUUCUUGAUGGGUAAACUAAAUCCAGUCAUCCAAUUGUUCAUAUUACCAUAUUUCAUACAAGAUUUAUAGGUUUUUCCAUUAAACCAGCCGGAGCAUCACAAUGCAUGUCUCGUCUGGUUGUGCUUGUAAAAAGAUUGGAACUAUUCACCAAUGGUUGCCUGCAUGGUCAUUUUUCUGUUCUGUAUUGCAUUCAGGAAACUUGGUCAAAUCCUGAUCAUUUUGUGCUGAGAUAUUUAUGAUUGUUACCGUUCAGCCUGUAUUAUAAUGGCAUCAAUUAAAGAUACCUUAUAGCUCUAA